AGACGAUGACGUCAGUAGUAAAACCUGCUCUGGCUGGGUGUCUGACUGACUUGGCCCUCGAAAAAGUGAAGUGUUCGCCGUGCUUCCAACUGCUAACCCAACUUUCAUCAACGUUGUUCCGUUCGGCUUUUCUUCAACUCUUCUGAUUUUUCUUCGACGAUCGCUACUUGGCGACGCGGCGCCUCUCGAAAACAUUUUUGGGCCAUGGUUUAGCCGAAGACAAAAAGUUCAUUGAGUGAUCUUGGAAGAACCGGUGCGUGGCGACCAGUACCAGAGAUGGAUAAGCUAACCGUGAGCUGACUUGUUAGCCGAAAAGUCAAAGGUCGAGAAUAGGAGCGGGUGAACAUGCUAACGGCUAGCUAGUUUAGCAUUCUCUCGGCUAACCGAGUGACUUAGUUAGCGUCCGACGGAAGCUGGCCGCGGUUUGCUUCCUCGGGCCUGGUUGCGACACCGCCAAUAGUUUGUCAAAAGGAAGCUCAUCCAGGAAGAAGCCCCUGUCUUAAAAAAACGGACUUUGAAACAGGCCGGACGAGAGGUUGCUGUUUAACCUCAGACGAAUAGAAAUGCUAACCAACGCACAGAACCAACCGCUCUUUCCCAACCCGACCGGGCAACAGAAUCCCACCGGACAGCCGAACCCUGCGGGACAAUUUCUCCCCUUCUUGAGCAGACCCUCCUUACAGAUCAAGAAGAACGCCAUUACAGACGAUUACAAAGUGACCAGUCAGGUUCUGGGGCUUGGAAUCAAUGGCAAGGUGCUUGAAAUUUUCCAGAGGAAAACCGGAGACAAGUAUGCGCUAAAGAUGCUGCAAGAUUGCUCAAAAGCACGUAGGGAGGUGGAGCUUCACUGGAGGGCAUCGCCUUGUUCCAACAUUGUACGGAUUAUUGAUGUCUAUGAGAACCUUUACCAAAGCAGAAAAUGCCUGCUAAUUGUUAUGGAGUGCAUGGACGGGGGUGAACUCUUCAGUCGAAUCCAGGACAGAGGGGAUCAGGCCUUCACAGAGCGAGAGGCAUCUGACAUCAUGAAGAGCAUAGGGGAGGCCAUCCAAUAUCUCCACGCCGUCAACAUCGCACACAGAGAUGUUAAGCCCGAGAAUUUACUGUACUCCACCAAGAGGCCCAGCGCUUUGCUCAAACUCACUGACUUUGGCUUUGCCAAGGAAACCACCUCACACAACUCUCUUGCUACUCCGUGCUACACGCCUUACUAUGUUGCUCCAGAGGUUCUGGGCCCAGAAAAAUAUGACAAAUCUUGUGACAUGUGGUCUUUAGGUGUCAUUAUGUAUAUUCUGUUGUGUGGGUACCCCCCUUUCUAUUCAAACCACGGUCUCGCCAUUUCUCCCGGGAUGAAGAAGAGGAUUCGGAUGGGACAGUAUGAGUUUCCAAAUCCGGAGUGGUCUGACGUAUCAGAAGAAGCUAAGCAACUGAUACGGACCCUCCUGAAGACGGAGCCCACCCAGAGGAUGACCAUCACGGAGUUUAUGAAUCACCCCUGGAUUAAUCAAUCGAUGGAGGUUCCUCAGACGCCACUGCACACUAGCCGGGUGUUAAAGGAAGAGAAGGACGCGUGGGAGGAUGUCAAGGAGGAAAUGACCAGUGCCUUGGCGACCAUGAGGGUUGACUAUGAGCAGAUCAAGAUAAAGACCAUUGAGGACUCCACCAAUCCGCUGCUCACCAAGAGGAGGAAGAAAGCCAGUAACGCCAUGGCGGGCCCUCAGUCUGCCGCUCACUGAAAGAUAUGCUCACAGAUUGUAAAAAAGAAAAGGAAGCAAUAAGAUGUCGACGUGAGUCGCACUGCAUGGAUUUUCACAGUGUUUAUUUUUUCAUGGUCUAAUGUUUUGGAGUGCUUUUUGUUUUGUUUGUUGUCAUCCGCAUUGUAACGCCCUCCCUUUUUCAAAGAGGUUCUUGAUCUGUGGUUUUUAGUUGAGGAAAGACCUUGUGAUUUUAAAGAAGGCGAGGAGACGCACACGGUUUACUCCUCUCCUCUUUCGUACGUCAGCUUUUGUGCAUAGCACUCAAGUACAUGAAGCUUCUCACGAUUAGCCGUGUCCAGCCCAAACUAGCGAAUGUUCAAUGAAAUGGCUCAAUCCCAAAAACAAAUGGAACUGCAGGCUUUCUUUUACAUAUUCACCAUGUAAGCAAAUGUAUUUUUAACUGACGAGUGGAUUGUAAGGACUGUCUUGACUGGAGCGAGCGGGGAAUCGUCGCUCAUUUUCUGCGUGCGCCGUCUCAGCGAAUGUUCUCAUCAGGGCCAUCCUGUGCCAUUCUCACCUGUAGCCUCCCACAACCUCUCCUUCCACCCGCCUUAAGACAUCCUUGUUUCAGGUCCAGUCUCCGGGCAGAGAAGGUAGCGCCACCUUCACGUAGCUUGGGGGGG